AGAAUUUUCUUAAUUAACCACUAAACCUCUUUUUUCUUGUCUCUCUACAAAAGCUCCUCUGUUUUAUAUUUCCCUCUACCACCACCAAAAACUUGGGAAUUCAGAGGAAGAUCAAAGGGUUAUGGAACUGCCACCUGGAUUCCGAUUCCAUCCGACGGACGAAGAGCUCAUCACACACUACCUUUCCCCCAAAGUCCUUUCCUCUACUUUCUCGUCUCCGGCGAUCGCGGAAGUCGAUCUCAACAAGUGCGAGCCAUGGGAUUUGCCUGGGAAGGCUAAAAUGGGAGAGAAAGAAUGGUAUUUUUAUUGUGUGAAAGAUAGGAAAUACCCAACAGGAUUAAGGACAAAUAGAGCAACAGAGGCAGGGUAUUGGAAGGCAACAGGGAAAGAUAAAGAGAUAUUAAAAGGGAGAAAUGAUGUUGUGGGAAUGAAGAAAACUUUGGUUUUUUACAAAGGCAGAGCCCCCAGAGGAGAUAAGUCUAAUUGGGUGAUGCAUGAAUAUAGAUUACACUCCAAUUCUUCCUCUCCUUGUUAUCAUCACCUUCCUUCUAAUUCAUCCCAGGAAUGGGUAAUAUGCAGAAUAUUCCAGAAGAGUGAAAGCUCAAUGGGUAAAAAAGGCAAUGAAAUAAUGUCAGAGAUGGUAACAAGUUGUUCCUCUUCCUCCUCUUUACUUCCUCCAUUAACAGAGUCAGAUGCGUGGCACGUGACCUGCUUCUCCAAUUCAAUGGAGGAGGACCAAAACGACGACGCUUUGUUUUGGUUAGGGGAUUUUGAAGAGGAUGAGGAAAAGAAGAGGGAGUAUUGGAAUUUGAAGGUCACUUCUUCAACUAAUAAUAAACCUUCCUACCAAUACCAACUUCAUCAAUCCCCUCCUUCUUAUGAUCAUGCCCUUGAUUGCCUUUGGAAUUACUAAUAAUAAUUGUAUCUAUCAUAAUCUUUUUCUUGUGUCUUUUCUUUUCCAUAUAGUUCAUAUUUUGUUUUAAUUUUAUGUUUUUCGAUUAUGUUUUGAUGU